GUUUGUAUAAAAACUAGUAAUGAUUUUAUAUUGUCCGCCGACCCCACAUAAUCACUUCAUAACAUUUCCAAUCGAGAGUGAAAGUAAUUCGUAGAACAACAGAGCACGAUCAAUUUAGUUUCUCUCGACUCUCUUCGAUUUCACCGAGAACAGAGAUCAUUUUAAAAUAAGCAAACAUAUCUAGUUGUAUUUUGUAAAUAGGUUAAAUGAAUCUGUCUUGUUUGAUAAUGAUCUGCGUUUCCUCUUCGGGGUGUUUUGAAAAGUUUUCUCAGAGUUUAGUUCGCCCGAGAGCGUCGGACAAAGCACAAGCACUCGACAAUUUUAAAAUUAUAAAAUAUAAUGAAACAUAAUCGGAAAAUAUAAGCCAAAUACAGAACCUCAUGGACAAGUCAACGCGGCCAAAACGAAAUCGUCGACAUAGCAGGCGAGCCUGGCCACCGGAGGAGGAGCUGCAUCCAGCAUCCCGAGCCACAAAGAGAUUAUUUACUCCCGACAUUAAGAGGAUGCUAAAAGACUGGUUAAUUCGUCGCCGGGAGAAUCCCUAUCCUAGCAGGGAGGAGAAAAAACAACUUGCUGCAGAGAGUGGACUUACUUACACUCAGAUUUGCAAUUGGUUCGCGAACUGGCGAAGAAAGCUUAAAAACUCGGAGAGAGAGAAAGCCAAGAAAUCCUGGGGCCAUCUGAUCAAAAAUUACAACCACAAUGCAAGGGGUAAUGUGGAACAAUUUAGCAUCUCGUCGGAGGAUAGCAUUUGGGAGGAGGAGAUGCACUCAUGUCCUGGGGAGGAUGACGAAGGCGACGAUAAUGACGAGUUUUCCAGCCACAGUACUGGAUCUGCAGAUCAGACCGAGCGAAUACCCAUUUUAUCAGCGCAAACAGGGGGCAGGGCCAAGUACAAGCAUCAGAUGAUGGAAAAGUAUCUACGAGAUAGUUCCCCGGCGAAAACGACCAGUCAACAGGGUACGCAACUCAACAAGUGGUUGGAAAGUGCAGCAAAGUUCACACCGGACAGGAACAAUUAUCACAUCGAGUGGAAUAUGACCAGAAAGCUAGCAGCAAUAGCAGUUGUGGACAAGCGAUCUUUACCACAGAUGUGUCUGGGGCUGGUCGUGGUGGACGCUGGAUGCUUCAUCAUAAGGACGAAUUGGAAGCGGCAGAGGCCUUGGCCAACCUCGCCUUCAACUGCAGGCAGCGCUGGCACCAUAUCUAAAGACUGAAGACUCCGGAACUGACGCCAUCAUUCCAGCAGAAGUUUCAGGCCCCGCUAAAAAGUGCAAUCUAGUCAAGUGGGCUUCUUCUGGUUUUCAUUUUCGAACUUUACAGUACAAUAAUCACACGUUACAGGAUUUUCUUCGAGUUAAAAACCUUUUAGACCAACACUCAUUUAAAUUAUGUGAUAAAUUAAGUAGAUCAUAUUCAUGUAAACAUGAAAACCAGGUUUCGCCGAGAGUUAGCAAUUACAAUUACUACAGCUAGUUUAGAGUGAAAAACAAUUAUAUAAUUUUUGAUUUCUUGUUAUUUAA